UUGCACUGCUCUCUGACACACUACAUGCCUUACUCUCGUGGAAGGAAAAUCCCUUCCUGCGAAGACAUUCCUAAGGUUUCUUAUAUUUUUCUUAAAGAGAUGCAAUUUUUUUAAUAUCUUUAAAUAAUCUUAUGGUUUCAUGGAAAUACUUUAUUUUAAGAUGUGGCUGUGGACGUUGGUUAGCCUAAGCAUCAUCACAAAAGUGUGCGGUUAUGCAAGUGGUUACUUCCCGAAAGUAUGUCAUACAAUGUCACCUAGGCAUAAAAAUAGAGGGGAAGUUCUUGCUCCUCAGAACACUCAACCGCCCUUUGAGGUCCAUUACGAACAUGGUAAAAAGGGAGAACCUAUUACAGUUUUUCUCAAGAGCAAGUCAUCCACACAGUUCAGGGGAUUUAUGUUGGAGGCUCGAAACAAAAGCAUGGUGGACGAUGGCCGGCCUGUUGGAAAAUUUAUCUUGCUUGACGCUAGAAAUUCUCAACUCCUGACGUGUGGUGAUAUAGUAGACUCAGCUGUGAGUCAAAAAAACAAUCAAAGAAAAUCUUUAAUUCGAGUUAACUGGACAGCUCCGGCAGAAGAGCUAGACAUCACUUUCAGAGCCACAUUUGUUGAGUCUUUUAAUAUAUUCUGGGAACGAGUGGAUGUGAAUGUCACUUCACCGCCACCACCACAAAGUACUACAAAGCCAAGUACCACAAUGAGUACUCAGCCAAGUAUUACUACAAGUACUCAGCGAAGUACUCCAGCAAGUACUACAAAGCCAAGUACUACAACGAGUAAUCAGCCAAGUACUACAACAAGUACUACAGAGACAAGUACUACAACGAGUAAUCAGCCAAGUACUACAACAAGUACUACAGAGACAAGUACUACAACAAGUACUCAGCGAAGUACUCCAGCAAGUACUACAAAGCCAAGUACCACAAUGAGUACUCAGCCAAGUAUUACUACAAGUACUCAGCGAAGUACUCCAGCAAGUACUACAAAGCCAAGUACUACAACGAGUAAUCAGCCAAGUACUACAACAAGUACUACAGAGACAAGUACUACAACGAGUAAUCAGCCAAGUACUACAACAAGUACUACAGAGACAAGUACUACAACAAGUAAUCAGCCAAGUACUACAACAAGUACUACAGAGACAAGUACUACAACGAGUAAUCAGCCAAGUACUACAGAGACAAGUACUACACGAGUAAUCAGCCAAGUACUACAGAGACAAGUACUACAACAAGUAAUCAGCCAAGUACUACAAGUACUACAGAGACAAGUACUAUGAGUAAUCAGCCAAGUACUACAGAGGCAAGUACUACAACAAGUAGUACAAUCGGUACUACGAAGACACCGAACAACACUGGGAGCAAAAGAAAGGGAGAAGCCACCAGGCUGAUGACCUUUGACGCUUUAUUUGAGGGACUGAAACUGGAACUACCUAACAUAAUCGCAACCACCCUCACCAGCAGCCCCUUCCUUCAUCGUCUAAUUAAGGGGACACAGAUAUCCUGUUGUUUGCUUUGCACCGCAGUUGAAAUAUCGGCAGCAAUCUUGUAUUGUUUGUGUGAUUCCUCUGAAGUCACUCUCGUUGCUCUGUGUGUGUGAUGAUAUUGAUUGAUUUGAUAGAGCUGGUAAUCCUGAGUCUGCCAAUUGGACCCAGUCAUGAGCUAAAGGAGAUCUGUGACCUUGCUGUCAAAGUGUGUUCUGUCAUCCAUAUGAUUUUUACAAUUGCUGUGAUCUUUACUGGUGUUAUCAAGACUGACAGUUGCAGUAAGAACAGGACAGAGUCUUGGCUUCUGAAAGUGAUGGUCGCUUACACAGCGUGGAUUUUGCUGUUUGUAAUUUGGGUUUUCGUAUUCACUGCUCACGGAAAAGCAAUACUGGGGGGAAGCAAAAUAGGGAGUUUAAAAACAGGUGAGGGAUGGAGGCAACAAAGAAGAAAGAAGACGCUCAGUGCAGCCAAUGUGAUUGUCACCGCUGUCUCAGUAAUCCUCGUCAUUGGAAACAUGUCCUUCGCUGCAGCUGUCAUUGCUGGGAUAUUUGGGUGUCUGGAAAAAUAGGCCUGUUCUGGUACUUUGCUUGCAUGUGAUUCACAGUUUUGUACAUAUGAUACCAGUACAACCUAACAGUUAGACUAAACAAACUGGAUAGUGUUGUUAUUAACAUAUUACAUAUCAUAAAAUGGGUUGUUCAUUUUCCAAGGAAGUUUAAUUGUUAGGUCAUAUAACAUCUUAUGAGAGUUAAGCCUGUCAACAAGGUGAAACUGCAAAUAUUUGCUAAAGAUCCACUUGCCUAUAAUUACUGUAUGUAUCACCUUGUGCCAGACAUACCAGUUGUCAUCAUCAGUUGGGGAAUGUUUUUAAUGUUGUGAUCAUGUCCUCAUGAGUAAUGUGUGGAAUGUGCUUAUCUUAUGAAAAACAAGCCUUGCUAUACUUCAUAUAGACUAGCUUAAGUAUUGAAUUCAUAAACAUAGAUGUUAUAAAAUGUGGAGAACUCACUCAUGAAAUAAAUGUCCCCUUGUGUUUUAGGGCUAAAGGAAGGCCAAUGAGAUAAAACUUCAGCACAUAAAUGGGUCAUAAAAUGUGUCAGUCUGCUGACCUCAUGACUCAGCCUGUUAUUGCUUAUGCCAGGAGUAUCUGAGGUCAUGGAAAUGCUCAGAGUUCAGUGUGUAAGGAUGAAAAUAAUGUGUCAUAGUGAUUGAUAUGAAUUGAGAGAGAUAAUUAACUUCAUUUUGAAAAGAUAUCAAGUUUUACCAUAAGUUGUCUGAAUAUAAUUAUAUGUGUCCAGUACUAUAAACAGCUUUUUAUGUAAGUGCAUGAUGCCAUUCAACUUAAUUGAAAUUCAUUGUCUGUUUUUGCUUUCAACAUACAAGGUUUCAAUACAAGGACUCACCAUAUAUGACCUCUUGCAAUAGCAAUACUUGCAAAUCUACACAGUAAAACCAAUCUGUGUUUUGUGUUACAAUGUUUUGAGUACAAAAAGAGAAAUUCCCAAGUACAAGUCAAACCCAUGUGAAUUGUUGAACCUGAAUUAUUAAUGUGUAAAUUACAGUUAUGUAAACCAGUUUUAAUAUAUUUUACAUUCAAACAUUUGGACAUUUUAAAAUCUAGUUAUGUUAGUGUCACCAGCAAGUUGUGAUUUAUACAUGAUGAUUCAUUUUAUGGUCUUUUUGAAGGAAGCAAACUUCAGCUGUGUCCACGUUCAGUUAAUAAACUUUCUACUACUGACUUA